AUGGUCAUCGUAAGAAAGAACGGGAAACUUCGAAUCUGCAUAGAUCCUUCGCAAGUCAAUGAAAACCUCUUAAGAAGGCACCAUCCGCUUACGACGUUGGAGGAAAUCUCGGCACGUUUGACGAAGUCGAAGCGCUUUACAAUCCUGGAUUGUAAAAGGGGAUUCUGGCAAAUCCGAGUUACAGAUCGGACUACUAAGUAUCUCGCCUUUGGCACACCGUGGGGACGAUAUUGCUGCAAGCGGCUUCCCUUCGGACUGGCAUCGGCACCGGAGGUGUUUCAGAACGUAAUGCAGAAUCUACUGGGCGACCUGGAAGGAGUUGAGUGCUCAAUGGACGACAUCCUUAUCCAUGCAGCAAGCUCAAUGGAAUUGAAAAAAUUGACGGACAUGGUGAUUGGCCGGAUCUACGCUGCGGGACUCAAGCUGAAUAAAGAAAAGUGUCUCUUCGAUCAGUCAUCCGUUAAGUUCCUCGGGCACAUCGUCACAGCCGAAGGAUUGCAAGCGGACAGCGAGAAGCUGGAUGCAAUAAGGAACCUGAAAACACCUGUAAACAAACCGCAGCUGCAAAGAGCGUUGGGGAUGAUCACAUAUCUGAGUAAGUUCAUUCCCAAUUUGUCAGAAAUAACUGCUCCUCUAAGAACACUGCUUGCGAAAAACGUAGCAUGGGACUGGAAUGUUGAGCAACAAACCGCCUUCGAAAAAAUAAAAAAGAUGAUGACUUCGCCCCCUAUUUUAGCGUACUACGAUGUGAACGCCCCAGUAACCCUUUCAGUAGACGCCAGCUCGAGAGCCAUGGGUGCAGUUUUGUUGCAAAAAGGAAAGCCAAUAGCGUAUGCGUCAAAGUCACUAUCACAGGCAGAAUUCAACUAUCCGCAAAUCGAGAAAGAGGCGGCAGCAAUUCGCUUCGCCUGUAAGAAGUUUCACCAGUACGUAUAUGGGAAGGAUCUGGUAGUAGAAAGCGAUCAUAAACCCCUGGAGUCGAUUUUUCGUAAACCUCUAGAUCGAGCUCCACCGCGGUUGAAGAGGAUUAGGCUAGAUGUUGCGCAGUAUCAUCCUCGAGUGGUAUACGUCCGUGGUAAAGAUAUACCAAUACCAGACAUAUUGAGUCGAGAUGUACAGAAUAACUCCAUUGAAGAAAGCGAGGAAGAACUCGAGGUUCACGUAGUGCUACAAAUGUCAAAGAAGUCAGCAAACGAACUGAGACAGCAUAUCGAGACGGACUAUGAAAUGCAGCAACUGAAGGCGGUCAUAAUGACGGGCUGGCCAGAACAUAGAGACGCUGUUGAUCCAGUUAUACGCAAAUAUUGGUGCUUCAGAGACGAGCUAACAACGUACGAAGGACUGAUCUUCAAAGCACAUCAAGUACUGGUCCCACAAUCACUACGGAAGAAAAUGUUAUCAGCGAUCCACAGUGGCCACUCUGGGUUCAAUAGCAGUGUAAGAAGGGCAAAACAGGUACUAUUUUGGAUAAAUAUGGCAUCGGAUAUCCAAAAUAUGAUUGACUCUUGCACCGUCUGUCAGAAACACCAGCGCAGCAACGUGAAACACACCAUAGUAUCGAAGGAAAUUCCAACACUACCGUUCGAAAGAGUGGCAACCGAUCUGUUUCACUUCAAAGGAAAGGAGUACAUCUUAAUAGUGGACAGCUAUUCAAGCUUUUUCGAUUUCCAAGAGUUAUCGAGCACGUCGUCUCGCGCGAUAAUUGACCAACUUAAGGAAUGGUUUGCCAUUCACGGUGUGCCCAGAGUUCUCGAAUCAGAUAACGGUCCGCAGUAUUCAUCCGAGGAAUUCCAACGUUUCGCUAGAGAAUGGUGUUUCGACCAUUGCACUUCUAGUCCAAUGUUUCCAAGAGCCAAUGGACUAGCUGAGCGGUUUGUUCAAACCGCAAAAGCCAUAUUGAAGAAAUGCAACGAAGACAAAUCCGACGUAAGACUUGCAUUGCUGCACGCACGAAAUACACCUCGAUCAAGUGAAUUGGCGGCACCCAGCGAACGGUUAAUGGGACGAAUUCUUCGAACAAACUUGCCGGCCACAGAAGAAAGAUUGAGGCCCAAAGUGAUUACUGGAGUCACUGAAGCAUUGCUGGAGGAGAGGACACGGCAAAAACAUUUUGCUGAUAAAGGUGCAGUAGAGUCCAGGCAAUACCAACCAGGAGAGGCAGUGUUACUUCAACAUCACAUCGAAAAAACCUGGAAACCGGCGAAAGUAGUUUCGUGUACCGAUGGGAUUCGAUCAUAUGCGGUAACAGAUGGAAAGCAAACGUGGAGGAGAAAUUCUCAUCAUCUUCGUCCGAUCAAAGCGGCGGAGUACGUAGACAACCAGCGUUUAGACCAGGACCAGGAACCCACAUCAACGAUAGCAACGGACGACGGGGUGGCACAGCGUGUCGCUAUUCCAGAAGCAGGUCCACCCGGAGAUAUUCAGCAAAGAACAACCCGCUCUGGCAGAGUGGUCAAAAGCAGAAUUGAACACGAUUUUGAAUAUUAUUAA